CAUAACCUUUAAACCAAAACUACGUGACAUUGCACAUUUAUUGAAAGAAGUAACAAGUGACACACGCAAAAGGCAAAACAAAAUUGUGCAAAGGAAUUUAUUUUUGUGACUGCUCAAUUCGAUUUACUCAAUAAUAAUUUCUCCAAGAUGUCUUUCGGGGAAUUUAUUUUUCCUCUUACUGAAUGGUUUCGACGAACACGGGUGAAUCUGUUGUGGCCAGAAUAUGAAGGCCGCGAAGAAAUUAUUGAACUAGUGGAAACAAAACGUGAUCCAAAGGUUUCAGACCUAAAGGAAAGACUAUGGAAAAAGGAUAAAGAUGGAAAAUUUAUUGAUAUUGGUGACUACCCGCUAAGCGAAGAAAAACUACAGGAAUUCGCCAAUGUCUUAGAGGCAUUAGAUGAAGACUGCCAUGGCAAAGACGUCGAAAAAGCAAAAGAAACACGACGGAUGGGAAACAGGAUUGAUUGCCCAACAACAGCAUUAAAGUAUUACAACGAAAGUUUACGAAACGCAGAAUACGGAUCCACUGAUAUGGCCUUGGCGUAUGCAAAUCGAGCCGCAUGUUUUUAUAAAAUGGAAUUGAACAAACUAGCGUUUAUGGAAAUCAAUCGAGCAAAAGAAGCAAAAUUCCCAACACAUUUACGGGCAAAACUAGCAAUACUUCUGGCAGAUGUUAUUUUUCGCCUAAAUGAAGAAAGCUUUCUGGAAAUUCAACUUGAACAUAAGAAAAAACCAACGGAAUUGAGUUUUCUUGCUAAUGAAGACCAUCCACCUUUGGCCGAUGUGGUAACAAUCAAGAACGACAGAACAUUUGGUCGACAUAUGCUUUCAAAGUUUCCUUUGAGACCUAACGACGUUAUUUUGGUUGAAGAAGACUACCUAAGAACAGUUGACCAUUUAGAAAGUAGUUUUCGGGCAUGCGCCACGUGCUUUGAAAUGGAUAAAAAUUUCAUUCCAUGUGAAAAAUGUAGAGAGGUGGUGUUUUGCAACGAAUAUUGCCGAGAAAGAAACCACGUACAUGCAUGGGAAUGUAACACCUUCAUAACAACCCUUGAAUUUGAGAUGAAAUUACCACUGCAUUCAAUGCUAAAAGCAUUUGAUACAUUCACGCGCAACGACAAAUUAGAUUUAAAUUCACUCAGAAAUCAUGUUAAAUUAUGGCUGAAGACCAUAGAUGACUUGCCAAGUACAACUCAUGACUCACGAUCGAAGUAUGAGUUUUUCUUUAAGCUGUCAAGGGCCACUUUGUGCGAAGAACUAUUGAGCCACAAGCAGAAACCUCACGAAAUGGUUUAUCUAAUUGAAAAUAUGCUGUUGAAAAUACCGAAAAUCGCUGAGGCCUUUCAAUACAGAGAUGAUUACUAUUUUCUUAGGCAUUUAAUAAUUCAUCAUUGUAUUGUUAUAAAAACCAACUGCUUCGGUGAUGAGCACUCAACAAGCUUGGGCCUCAUUCAAUCUUUAUUCAAUCAUUCCUGUGAUCCAAAUGUUUUUAACAGACACGAGGGAGCAAAACAUAUUUAUUAUCUAAAGAAAAGGGUAAGACGAAAUGCUCAACUUUACAUAAGUUACGUCUAUUUGUUCCAUCCCACUGAGCGUCGUCAAGAAGUACUUCAUGAGCAUUGGGGUUUUAUUUGUGCGUGUAAAAGAUGUGUAAGAAGAUCGGGGAGCAAGGAAGUGUAUCAAGAUGCCAACUCUAUUCUAUCUGUUUUAAGCGAUCGCUUUAGUGAUGAAUAUGAUGGUGAAUAUAGUAGGUCUGAUGAAUAACUUAUUCAUAAUCCAUUGUUCAUAUACACUUUUUUAUCAUUUAUUUAUUUAAAAUUGAGUAAAAUGUCAAAGACUGUCAAAUAAAUGUAAAUGGGUCUCAGCGUUAUUAUAAACAAAGAAAAAAACACAGAUUUAAGAUUAUUAAAAUUUGAAUAUCCAUGUUUAAAAA